ACAAUACUUUACUUCAGCAUGCCAACAAAUUACCUAAAUCACGCUUCCAUGAAAUGCGCAAACUUCUCGACAGCUGAAAUAUGUGUAAUCAUUCAAAUCUUCCUUGUCUGCUAGAUGUACUCUCAUAUAGCAUUGUCAUUCAUACUCAAAAGUGCCUAACUCUGCGUCUACUUGUACUUUCAUAUAGACAAAUUAAUCUUUGAGGUUAUUGUUCGAUUCACCUCAAUCAUCCAGAUGAUAGACUAUGAAAGUAAAAAAAUGAAUGUAUAAAUGACACUUGAAACAAAAGAGAAUGGUAAGAAGAAUUUUAUCAUUUCUACAAAUAUAUUAAUUAAAAUUGAAGCAUGGAUUUGAAGGAUAUCAAAUAGAAUGAGAAACCUCUUGCUAAACUCUUACCUGUGUUUGAAACUUGAAAAUAGUAUCUAAUUCUCAAUGAAAAUAAGGCAAUAACGACCCUAAUGGUUGAAGCCUUACAAAAAAAAAAAAAAAAAUCUUACAUAGGUUGAAGACCAACCGCAAAAAUUUAAAAUUUAUACUAUACAAACUUCAAAAUAACCCCUACACAGGCGGAUCUACGGGAGGGGAGGGCUUCGGGCUUGUAUUUACGUACAUUUUAAUGAAAAUGGCAUAUUUUGCAUAAUUAAAAAAUCUGGCACAUCACACAAACUUUCACUUGCUACCCUACUUUGACUAGAAAGAGGUAAUUUCAUAAAUUGGGAUGUGAAACUAAAAAUAAAAGUUCUUGCAACAUUUUUAUUUUCAAUAAACAAAUAAUAAUAAUGAUUUCCUUUAAUAAAAAAUACAAAUAAAGUAAAUAAAAAUAAGGAAAUAUUUUGCCAAUAUCUGAAUUAAUACACAAACACUUCCCAACAAAAGAAGAAGAGAAUAAAUAAUUACCAUAUGUUUUUCCCACCCAUCUACCCUGUCUGAUUUAUGAAUAUUGUAUGUGUUUUCCAUCACUGUCCAUUUCCUUUUAUCAUUGUAUAUUUUAAUUAUAAUAAAUCGUUAAGUGAGUGGUUUUGAUACUUUCAACAGUUUUAAGCCCCUUUUAACAGCUUUUUAACAGUCGUUCUUAUAUUUUUCUUUGGGUAAAUAUACAAUUAUUUUAUUGUUCAUAUAUAUCUAUUAAUAUUCACAAGAGAGAAUGGUUUUAUUCAAAUAAACAAUAUUUAAGACACUUUAGAGGAAGGUAUUUUUAAAAUUCGACAUUUCAUCAGUCAAAAUUUUUUCAAUGAGAAUAAUAACUAACUCUUCAAAUACCACUAAAUUCUACAUCGCCAUAACUGGUUUAAUAGAUAAUAAGUCACUGAGGCUAAGUCUGAAAAAAAAAAAUUGUAAAAUACGUUUGCAAUAUGAAGUACCACUUUCGAUUAGCUUAUUUUGAUGAAAAAGAGGCGGGAAUACUAUUUAACUAUUCUCGAUAAUGCUGCAUUUCGUGAUGAUGCUACGAUAGUAUGACUACUUUGAAUACAUAGUUUCAGUUUCGUACUACUUUUCGUUUUAAGCUGGUCUGUUCACAUACACAAACCAUUUUGUGAAACUUGUUUUAAUGAACUCAGGAGACUCGUUAAAUUCCAUAUCCAUUGAAAAUUCGAAUUAGAAACACAUCAAAAUUGCAAUAGGGAAGUUCUUAAAAUCAGCACUGAACACAUCGGUGGCAUCGAAGUCAUCUAUAAAAUGAGAAAAACGAUGACAUUGAUGCUCACAAUCAGUGUUAUGUUUAGAAAUUUUUUCCAAACUGUCCUGUAUUUUAUGAUUCAUAUAUAAAUAAGGGAAUGUAAAAAUUGAUAAGAAAAAAAAUAAUAAAGUAAUAAAAAAAUAAAAAAAAACUACCACUCCUGCACAUGGAGGGUCAUGGGACAAGUACUUUGUAAGGAAGUACUCUUUUGAUGUCAACAGUUGUGACAAAAGAGAUGAGUAAGCAAAGAUCAUACUGAACUGCUACCUUUUUCUCCUUGAUUUCUUAUUUAAUUGAUAUUAUUCAAUUUAUGAAGACUGGAUGUUUCCCAGUAGGAUCUCCUGACCCCAAGGUUGAUAGAUGGCAGUUGUAACCGAAUAAAUAUCUACACGCCACUGCCGUAUUCGAACUCAUAUACCUGUAAUAGUUACGUGAAAACUUGUUGAUUAAAUAUAAACUUAUAAAACUAUGGGUUUGGACAUAAAUGAAAGGAAUCUACGAAUAAGAAAAUAUCAUUUAUCUCCAUGCAGUAAUCGAUUAAAGUAACAGCUGAGUGUAAAAAGUUGUAAAGCUUAUCUGUUUAUUCACUGCUUUUGAGUGAACUGUCGAGAUACAUUAUAGUACAUUUAUGUGUUUCGUGUUUUGUAUUAAGAUGUGAAGACUUUCACGAAAACUUAUUUCAAAACUACUGUAUCAGCCUAAUUUGUGUCCUGAUUUCGGUCAUGUCUAAUUACUAAAAUUAAUUGACACUGUAAAGUUACUUUUAGUGCAUGUUAUUAGUUAUGGAUACUACAAUGGAAAAGGAUUCUACUCCAGAUACAAUUAAUGACAAUGAUAUACAACAGAAAGUGGAGAAGCUCUUAGCUCAGAUUACAGAACUUAAAUCCGAGAAUCAGAAGUCAAAUGAAGAGUUUGGGAUUCAAAGAGGGAAGAUGAAAGAGCUUUUCCUUCAAAAAGAAGAUGAAUUAAAGAAGCUUGAAGAAGAAAUUAAAAGAACUAGAGAUGAAAGGGAUGAAGCUAGAUCCCAAGUCACUAUUGCCUCUUUUGAUUUUGAAUCCCGUUUAGAAGAAGAGAAAGCUAAAUUUUCUGCAGAAAUUUCUGACCUUCAUAGCCUAGUCAAUGCUACUCUAGAAGAAGCUUCCCGCUAUGAACAAGAAAUCAGUCGUUUACGACAAAAAAAUCAUGAGUUGGAAAAUGAAUUGAAGUCGAGUGCGACAGGUAGUGUGGCCUCCAAUGCAGCCAACAUUUCCAGUCGUGAAUCAGACUCAGUGCUUUCGGCUCCGGGGGCAAUGCUUUCUACCUUCGCUCGCAAAGUGGUGUCCCAACUUGGAGCUGUAGAUCUUCCAGCCCAUCAUGGCAGCUCAGAAAAUCUGGAAGAAUCCAUGAGAAAGGCAAAGGAAGAUGCUGAAAUGUUACGAUCUUUGGUUGUACCGCUGGAAGAAGAAAUAUCUGCAUUGAAAGCGAAGCUGCGUGAAACCGACGAACAGCUUCAGAGUUAUAAAGCAAAGGAUCUUCAAUUACACAGUCAGGAAUCAGCCUCAUCUUCAGGAGGCAAUGUUGAUGAGAACAAACACUCACAGCUAGAUACAGAAAUGACUAAAGGGAAAGCAUUAGCUUGUGAGAUGUGCCUUAAUUAUGAACGUGAGCUGGUCGAAUCACAGAGGCGAGUUUCUGAACUAGAGAAGGAAGUAUCAGUGAUGGAUCGGCUGAAGGAAGAACUGCAACGAGAGUCUGUAUUCCGUAAGCAAAUGGAGGACAAGUGGCAGGAAAGGGUAGAGCACUUUAUUACAGUAAAAGUAUUAACAUCAGGUUCAUCACCUCUAGCUUCCAUGCUUACCCAAGCUACCAUCCCCUGGCGUCCUCCCGCCAAAAUCAGUGUAACUGAACUUCAGCAAAAACUUGAAGCUAGCGAGGGCUCUUUCAGUGAACUACGUCAAACGUAUUACAAGGCUAAGGAAGAUAUAUCUAAGCAGUUUUCAAGACUUUCCGAAGAGAGGAAGACAACACAGGAGAAAUUAGAGAAAUUACAGUUGGAGAACGAAAACCUUGUUGGAAAAUAUAAUAGACAUUCUCAAGACCUUCAGAAUGAAGAGAUUAACCUACCCAAUACUGUAGAGGGACUACAGGAGAUGUGGUUGGGUCAGCGAGAAGAACUGAUCAAGGCUAGAGUUGGGCUCGAACACAGUGAAGAGUCGGUGAGGUCUCUGGAAUGUCUGUAUCAAGGCUCCGAAGAGAAGCUUCUACAACUUCGCAACCAGCUUGUAGUUUUAGAGUCAGAAAGGACCCAGCUGGAGCAGGAAUUGGCGCGCAGACAGUCGAAAAUUGCGCAGCUAGAGCACAACAAUGGCGAAUGGCGUCGGCAAGCAGAGCAACUUAAAUCUUUUGUUUCUUCUCUACAAGCAGACAAAAAAAAACUCGAGGAUAGCGAGAACGAACUGAGGCUGAGGUUAAGCUCACUACAGACAGGCUUAGAAAAUGGAGAAGCCGUCCAGAAAGAUUUCGUUCGCCUUUCGCAGUCUUUACAGAAGGAGCUGGAACGUCUUCGUGGUCAGAACAAUGUUCAAAACUGUCGCCAUUGUGGCAGAAUCUUCUGUAGCAGCUGCUUGAGUCAUAAAGUUUACACCGGACGGAACCUGCGUGAGAGUCGGGUUUGUCAAGUCUGCCACACUCUUCUCGAUAGCAAGACAGCUCCGUACUUCAGCACUGGGCCUCCUCAUCAAUCCAACUAAGUUUAGAGAGAACUGGGCAGUAUUCUGAAGGUCUUGCUUGCAGUGGUCCCCUGAUGAAUUCUUCAGAACAGCAGUGGAAUACUCAAUCUUAUUAAUGUAAGAUUAUGUGAUAUUUUAUCUUUUAAAAGAUGUAUGAAAGAAAUUUUUUAAGUAAAAAAUAUAUAUAUCCAGAGAAUAAAUAGGAAAAAAAUUGAAAUGUAAUUGUAUUAUAUUAUUCAGAAACAUUGUUAUAUAAGAAUGAAUAGGGAAAAAAAAUUAAAUCUAACAUUAUUGUAAAUAAAAACCAUAUUACAUGCUUACCUGCAUUUAUUGUAUAUAUAUAAAUAAAUAUAGUAUAAAUCUAU